GUUUCACAUCAUUUUCUGCUACAGUUACACUUCUUAUAUUCUUACAAAGAGACAAAUUCGUCAUAAGAAAGAAACUCACCUUAAUUCUCAAUUCUUAUGGCUAUGCAAUCACCUUCCUCUUCAUUUUCCUAUGGAUUCACUUACCAGGUAUUCCUCAGUUUCAGGGGCACUGACACUCGCUAUGGUUUUACUGGAAAUCUCUAUAAGGCUCUUACCGACAAAGGAAUCAACACCUUCAUUGAUGACAAUGAUCUUCAAAGAGGAGAUGAAAUCACACCAUCACUCAUAAAGGCUAUUGAAGAGUCUAGGAUUUUCAUUCCUGUGUUUUCUGUCAACUAUGCCUCUUCUUCGUUUUGUUUGGAUGAACUUGUUCACAUCAUUCACUGCUUCAAGUCAAAAGGUCGUCUAGUUUUGCCUGUUUUCCAUGGGGUGGAACCUACUCAGGUGCGCCAUUGGAGUGGAAGUUAUGGUGAAGCUUUGUCUAAGCAUGAAUAUAGGUUCCAAAACAACAAACAAAACAUGGAGCGGUUGCACCAAUGGAAGAUAGCUCUUAACCAAGCUGCUAACUUCUCCGGCUACCACUUUAGUCCCGGAUCAUAUGAAUACAAGUUUAUCGGGGAAAUAGUCAAAUACAUCUCUAACAAGAUCAAUCGCGUUCCUUUACACGUUGCCAAUUACCCUGUUGGAUUACAGUCCCGAGUACAACAUGUGAAAUCGCUUCUUGAUAAGGGAUCUGAUGAAGGGGUCUACAUGGUAGGACUCUAUGGUACCGGAGGAUUGGGCAAAUCCACACUUGCAAAAGCAAUAUAUAAUUUUAUUGCUGAUCAAUUUGAUGGUUUGUGUUUCCUUCAUAAUGUGAGAGAGAAUUCAACUAAAAAUAAGUUGAAACAUCUCCAGGAGGAGCUCCUUUUAAAAACAAUUGGCUUGGAAGUUAGGUUAGGUGAUACUAGUGAGGGAGUUCCAAUCAUAAAGGAAAGGUUGUGUAGAAAGAAGAUUCUUUUGAUUCUCGAUGAUGUUGAUAAUAUCAAGCAACUGCAUGUUUUGGCUGGAGGACUUGAUUGGUUUGGUCGUGGAACUCGAGUCAUUAUUACCACUCGAGAUAAACACAUUUUAACUAGUCACGAGAUAGAAAGCGUGUACGCAAUGGAAGGGCUAUAUGGGAUAGAAGCUCUUGAGUUGUUGAGGUGGAUGGCUUUUAAAAAUAACCAAGUUCCUUCAAGUUAUGAAGAAAUUUUAAACCGUGCAGUUACAUAUGCUUCGGGACAUCCAUUAGCUAUAGAAAUAAUCGGCUCCAAUUUAUUUGGAAAGAGCAUAGAAGAAUGGAAGAAUACAUUAGAGGGAUACGAAAAAAUUCCCAAUAAAGAGAUCCAGAAGAUACUUCGAAUAAGCUACGAUGCUUUGGAGGAAGAGGAACAAAGUGUUUUUCUAGACAUUGCUUGUUGUUUCAAAGGGAGUAUAUGGGUGGAGGUCGAAAAUAUACUUCAUGCGCAUUAUGGUCACUGUAUAAAACAUCAUGUCGGAGUGUUGGCUGAAAAAUCUCUCAUAAAGAUUAAUUCUCAUUGGGGACCUUAUGUUGAUGUGACAUUACAUGAUUUGAUAGAGGACAUGGGUAAAGAAGUUGUCCGACAAGAAUCACCUAAAGAACUUGGAGAACGUAGUAGGUUGUGGUAUUACGAUGAUAUAAUCCUCGUUUUAAAAGAAAACACGGGAACUAGCAAAAUUGAAAUGAUAUAUCUCGAUUUCCCUUCAACGGAAGCAGUAAUAGACUGGAAUGGAAAAGCCUUCAAGAAGAUGAAAAAUCUCAGAACACUUAUCAUAAAAAAUGGUCAUUUUUCCAAAGGUUCUUGGUAUCUUCCAAGUGGUUUGAGAGUAUUAGAAUGGCCAAGAUAUCCUUUAGGAUGUAUACCUUUUAGCAUCUCAAACAAGACAUUUGAGAAGAUGAAAAUUUUAAAACUUGACAAUUGCGAAUACUUAACAAAUAUAUCUGACGUCUCGUGUCUCCCAAAUUUAGAAAUUUUUUCAUUCAAAAAGUGCGAGAAUUUAAUUUCAAUAGAUGAGUCUAUUGGCUUCCUCGAUAAGCUUCAAAUCUUGAAUGCUGAGGGUUGUGACAAGUUAUCGAGUUUUCCACCUUUAAAGUUGAACUCUCUUCGAGAGCUAGAACUUUCAUUUUGUAAAAUUCUCAAGAAAUUUCCUGAAAUAUUGGACAAGAUGAAUAAUAUUAACAAUAUAACUUUGAUAGACACUGGCAUAAAAGAAUUUCCAUCUUCAUUUCAAAAUCUUACCGAACUUCAUAACUUAUCGAUACGUGGACAUGGAAAACUUAUAUUUCGAGGUAGCAUUCCCAUGAUGUCAAAUUUGUCCCAAGUUGAUUUUGAUGGUUAUAGUCAGUUUGUCACAAAACCAAAUGAUGAACUGAGUUCCUUGUUGUCUUCCAAUGUGAAAGAGAUUAUAAUUCGAACAAGCAAACAUAAAUUUCUAGCAGUGACUCUUACCUUGUUUUCUAAUGUGGAAACCUUAGACAUAUCCGGCAGCGAUAUCAAAAUUCUUCCUGAAUGCAUAAAAAACUGUUGCUUUCUAAAGAGCAUUUAUUUGGAUUAUUGCCAAUAUCUUGAAGAAAUAAGAGGGAUUCCGCCAAAUCUUAAAUCAUUGUCUGCAUUGGGGUGCGAAUCAUUGACUUCAUCGAGUAAAAGCAUGCUAGUGAAUCAGAAACUGCAUGAAGCUGGAGGCACUGAGUUUCGUUUUCCAUCGUCACGAAGUGAGUUGAUUCCAGAGUGGUUUGAGCAUCAAAGAAGAGAACAGUCUAUUUCUUUUUCGUUCCGUAACAACUUCCCUUCCUUGGUUUUCUACUUGUCUAUUAUAAGAUUGUAUGAAUGUAAGAUUGUAGAUUCAGGAUUAAGAGUCUAUUUGCUCAUCAAUGACUAUGCCUAUACUCUUGAUCAUCUUGAGUUUGGUAAUCCUUUUGAUAUUCCAGGGAAAUAUACAUAUAUAUUUUCUUCUGAUUGGAAAAACUGGUUAGAACUAGGGGACUAUACACCAAAGGGACACCCAGAACUCAAAUCUAUGUUGGAUGAUGCACUUUUGAAAAAUGAAUGGAUUCAUGCUGAGGUUAAGAUUAUGAUUUAUUUGAAUCCUGAUUUGGAUUCUGAUUUGAAUGAUGAGGAUAUUGUUGUUGAAAGUGGAAUCCAUGUACUCAAAAACUUAACUAGCAUGGAUGAUAUUCAAUUCAGUAUUUCUUCCUUAUCCAAAAAGAGAAAAUUAUAUGAGUUUCUGAAUGAAUCAACAUCAGAAUGAAUAUGGUUGUUGUAGAAAGUGGAAUCCAGGUACUCAAACAUUUAACUAGCAGAAUUUCCCAACUCCUGUACCAGCUUUCAAGAAAUGAAGGAAAUGUAGAUAUUAGCAGCCAGGCUUUGUGGCAUAGUUGGUUUGCUUGUAUUUGGGUUCUGUGGAAAGGGCGUAACGAUAAGACUUAGAAACAUAAGCAGAUCGUCAGAUGUUUGGCUUGAAGAAAUACAAGUUUUGGCUUGGAAAUGGAUUUGGUUUAUAUGCUUCCGGUGGGUUUGGAUGUUCUCGGGUGUGUUUGCUGGAUCCUGUUAUUUUUCAGUUUCUUUUGCUGACUGGUUAUGCGAGGAAGUUCUGUCUGGCAGAUUUUCAGGCUUGAAGGGUGGGUUAUAGGGUUUGUCAGGACUCAGGUGGUUGCUGCAUCAGGGGCUCUCGGCAUUUGUGUGUGUCAGUCGCAAUUUUCGGUAUUAUGUUCUUGUGGUUUUGCACCAGUUGGUUAUGUAGCUUGGCAGUGGGGUAAUUGUUAUGAUUCAUUAUUCCUGAAUUUUUAUAUUCUCUUAGAACAAGUAAGGUCUACCAAACCAUAGGAUUUAUUUAAAGGUUGGAAUAAAUACCUUGUUGGCUGGCUCGGACCUGGAAGCAGAGUCAUAGUUACAACUCGAGACAAUAAUUUGUUAUCAUGUCAUGGGAUUGAAAGAAUAUAUGAACUAGAUGCCUUAAAUGAGGAAGAAUCUCUUGAGUUGUUUAAGUGGAUGGCUUUUAAAAGUGACAAAAUUGAUCCAUGUUAUGAUUAUAUUUUAAACCGCGUAGUUAGAUAUGCUUCUGGCCUUCCAUUAGCUUUAGAAGUAGUUGGUUCCAGUUUGUUUGGAAAACAUAUAGAAGAAUGGGAAUCUACAUUGGAUAAGUAUGAAAGGAAUCCUCAUGAAGAUAUCCAAAAUAAACUUAAAGUAAACUUUGAUGCUUUGGACGAAGAACAACAAAGUGUCUUUUUGGAUAUUGCUUGUUGCUUCAAAUGGUGUAGAUUGGCAGAAGUCGAAGAGAUACUUAAUAGUCAUUACGGUCAUUGCAUAAAAGUCCACGUUCGAGUGUUGGUUGAUAAAUCUCUCAUACAGAUUAGUCGGCACCAUUUGAACUAUAUGGUAAUAACUGAUGUAACUGAAAGUGGAGAGGGUAUAUUAGUUGGUUGUUACACCUUCCGCAGAAAAAGCAGCUAGUGGGAGUUUCAGAAACACAAAUGUUGCAGCAAAAACGUAUAGCUCUAUUGUUAUCCAUGUGGAACUCGAUCGGUUCUUACUAAAACCAGGGCUAGAGUCCUUGAUCCAGGAUCAAGGAUGAAUAACUCUGGUGCACACAUGAACACGGUCUAAUUAUGAAUCAAAAUAUGAAAUAUGUUUACUAUUUUAUUUCUAUUCUAAGUUAUUAUGAUUUGAUUUAGUUAUGUAAAUCUUCAUAAGGAUGGAUUUACUUAUGAAAGAACUUGAUGUUAACCAUCAUAUGCACCUUGUUUGGAUAUGGCAAUCUUUAGUUUACCAUUAUUAUGUUAAAUGAAGGUACAAGAAACUUUAAUUUCCCUUAAUUCUUCAUAUGAUCUUCAUUAGUCAUUCAUGCAUCAUGUCCAUCAUAUGUAUCAGUGCUAAUCUAUAAAAUCGAAUUCAAUCGGACUUACGAAUUUUUCAGUUCCAUUUCAAAGUCAAAUAAUCUCUCAAAUCAAAUCACCAAUAAUAGCUCUAAAGUUACCAAACAUCAAAAAGAGGAGACUAAAAUUGUAAUAAUCGUCGGUACCAUUUUUGUUUUGAUGAUUUGUCAAUUUUCAUGUAUAAGCAUUAUUUGAUUUGUCAUGUAAUUGUACCUUGUUAAUUUUAUGAAUGUGCAUUACUGUUGUAAUUCAUUUGGAAUCUUUUGCAUUUAUUUGCUUCGGUUAUAAUUAGCAGGGAAUUUCUUAUGCCUCCCCAUGUCACUGAAAAGAACUCUAUAAAAACCCAAUUUUGCCCCUGCGUUCCUGGAAGUGUAUUUCACGGACGCUUCUUUUUUCUGUUAAACUUCAGUUAAUCCCGGAGAUGCAUUUACGGGAGGGAACCGAAAAUGUAUUUUCAAAAUUUAUGCAGACAGUAGCAGAAAAUAAUUUUCAUUGUCGAUAAAGUCUCUAAC